UGUAUGUGCUGACAGCGGACACACUGCGCGAGGGUGGAUGGAAGCCUCAGACCGUUACGUCAUCGCGCUGUGAAAGGAGGGUAUGAACUUCAAAGGCUUCUCUGAUUGGCUGACUGAAUAUCAAACGCGCAAGCCAAUGGCGCAGCCUGUCCAGUGCUGGAGGAUGCUCCAAUCGCUGUGGUGGAAUGGCCCACACUUAGUUGCGCAGCCACGUUGUAAAUAUGGCCUAGAGAGGACGGGGCGGUGACGGCAGCGGUGUCCCGGCCCUUCCUGCGGUCCCACUGACCGUCACACUUAAAAUAAUAAUGCCUGUUCCUAUUAAUUCUAGAUCUGAGGCCAAAAGGGGCUCCAAAAAGUCCGUGACCAAAACUCAGAAGAAAGGUGACAAAAAACGUCGCAGGAGCAGGAAGGAGAGCUAUGCUAUCUACGUGUACAAGGUGCUGAAGCAGGUGCACCCGGACACCGGCAUAUCCUCCAAGGCCAUGGGCAUCAUGAACUCAUUUGUCAACGACAUCUUCGAGCGGAUCUCCGGGGAAGCCUCGCGCCUGACGCAGUACAACAAGAGAUCGACCAUCACCUCCAGAGAGAUCCAGACCGCUGUACACCUGCUGCUGCCCGGGGAGCUGGCCAAGCACGCCGUGUCAGAGGGCACCAAGGCCGUGACCAAGUACACCAGCUCCAAAUAAAGACUCCACACAGGGACAGUCCCCAGCCCCAUCUGUCUGAAACACACUUAAUUUUGUUGUGAUGUUUGUACCAUUGGCAGAUAAUGCAUGCAAGCACUGACCUCAUGCUGAAUCUGUUUCUCAUUUAGUUUUAACUCCAAUUUUGUUUUGUUAUGUUUAACUUUUAAAAAUAAAUUAUUGAUUAAAUAAGAGUGAUUUUAAGGCUUUAAAACAGUGGAAUUCUACACCACGCGUCUACAACAGCUGGUCUGUGACCCCUAGUGGGCCCUCAGAGUUAAUGCAAAAGGGCCGCUAAAUUAUAGUUGAAUUAUGUAUAAGAAGUUGUUGAUUUUUUUCUAAAAUAAAAUGUAAAUACAUAUAAUUGUAACAUGAAAACAACAACAUACAUUGGCCAAAAAAGCAACCCAGGUCAUUUACACAACAAUAACUAUUUUCUACCUGUAAACUGCCAAUCCUCAUGCAGUAAUGUUUCUGCUAACCUAUACUAAAUCAGUGUGCAGCACAUAUUCAAGGCAAGGCAAGUUUAUUUAUAUAGCUCCUUUCAACACAAAGCAAUUCAAAUACAAAAAUGAAAGACAUUGUCAUUAUAAAGCAAAGAGAAUAAAAUGAACAUAAAACUUGAAUAACACAGGUAUACAAUACAAUAAUUAAAGUAACAGUACAAUGUUAUAAAAGAAUAAUUCAAUUAAAAGCAGUGGCAAAAAGAAAUGUUUACAGCCUGGACAAGGGCAAACUAAUUCAUAUUAUUUCAAUGGCUUAGUAUUGAAUGCACCUUAAAAAUAUACAGAUGUAUGUUCAUGGCUAUUUAGACUGCCUUACACUGUAUUAUAGGCCCACUUUAUAGUACAUCUCAUCUGCCUUGCAGCUAAGGUAGUCCUGACAAUAUUCAGACCGAUAGCUCCACACUGUAUUAAUACUGAUUUGAAUGCUUAUUUUGGGGCCACUACUCAGUGUGCUUCAGAAUGUUUUAUGCUUUUCUUGUGUGGUAGUUCAAGGUUGUAUUGCUGUUUACAUUUUAUAACAUUACUUGUGGAAUUAAAUAUCUUCAUUACACCAACAUGCUCUCUUUAUGUAAAUGUAUCAACUCAACAGUACUGCACACACGAUCAUAAGUCAAAGUAAAAAAUGAUUAGCACCCAGGACAAACAGAGUUAGGACCUUUUGAAAUCCUCAAAGACUGUAUUAUUUGUACAUGAAUCCUGUUUUCCAGUGUUGGAUCUUUCAGGAUUAUCAGGACUGGCAAAACUGUUGAUAUUUUAGGGGUCUCAAAAGAGCCUCCUCCAACAGAUGUCAUCUGAUGGACCUCAUUUUUAGCCGGUACCAUCUUAAGACCUUAUCUAAAGAUUGAAUCUCAAUCAAAAUUGAUUAUCAAUAGGAUUAUUUCCCAUGUGAAAAGCAUUAAAUAAUUCAAAAUUAAUCUUUAAA